AACGCUCAGCCGCUGCACAGCGGGAGAUGAAUGGCGGCCGCGUGGGUGAAGCCCCUCUGGAAGGUUCUCCGCUCUUGUCCUUAGCUGCUUUCUAGCCUGGGAUUCCCUGUGCUUCGAGAGGAGAAACAAAGACCCCUUGGGAGGCUAACCUGGUUUAGUGAAUUCGCCUUGCGCAAGAUGGCUGCCGAGGAGGGAGCAGCCUUUGGUUCUGGAGUCGAGCUCCAGGCCAAAACAGAGCCGAUGGUGCCAUUGGAAGUGGAAAAGGAACGGGGGGAAGAGGAACCAGGCCUCAUGGUGGAGGCGGAGGCAGCUGACCCCUCAGCAGGGGAGGAGGGGGAGAACGGGCCUGCUGUCACUCCAGCCGUGGAGGCUUUCCUUCCAAAAUCCCCUGGAAAGCCAAUUAAACAUGAGCCAGCAGAGGGGAACCUCCUGUGCGGAGAGACACGACGUCAGGAGGCCCAAAAGACCGUCAGGUCCCCUAGCUCUGGUGUCCUGAGCCCACACGGCCUGGAGUCCUCUCGCCAGAUGGGUGCUCAGGCAUCUCCACCUGCUCCCAAGGUGGAGGCAGGAGGCAGCCAAUGCCUCACAGAAGAACGGGAGACCCAAACCCAGCUGGGCUUCGAUGGAGAAUUCCAGGAGGCCUGCAGAGACUCGUCUUCCUCUGGGCAGGCGAAGGAAGAGGUCCCGGACGAGGAUGCCAUCUUGCUGGAGAUCCAGCGCCAGCAAUUCCGGCAGUUCCGCUACCGGGACUCCGAGGGGCCCCAGGAGGCCUGCAGCCGGCUCUGGUUUCUUUGCUGCCGGUGGCUGAAGCCGGAGCGGCACAGCAAGGAGCAGAUCCUGGAGCUGCUGAUCCUGGAGCAGUUCCUGGCCAUCCUGCCCCCGGAGACGCAGAGCUGGGUGGUGGAAGGUUGCCCGAAGACGUGCGCCCAGGCUGUGGCCCUGGCUGAAGGCUUCCAGCCGAAGAAGCGGAAGGUGGACAGGCAGGAGGAGCAGGCGUCAGCUAAAGAGGCAGGCCCUAAUUUCUCUGGGGUUGAACAGGCUGUGUUGGACUGUGAACAUAAUCAGGCCUUCCCGGAUGGUGAUACUAGAGUUGCCAGCCCUCUAGGUGAAGAGCUGAUGAGCACGAAUGAGGAGAGAGAUCAGACGCAUUGCUCUGUUGAAGAAGAAACAAACGGGGUGCCAGUGGGCAGCCCAGAAGAGGACAGUUUCCAAUGUGACGGGUCUGAAGAAAUUUCUAGAACAUGGCAGGUCCCUGAAGAGCAUCAAGGAAGUUCCCUGGAGGAGAAAGUAGGAAAAGCCACUCCUUGUGAGGGUGAGCUGCUCUUUGGAGAAACUGGAAGCCAACAAAGAAUCUGCACGGUAAAGACGGAGGGUACUGGUGUGAGUGAUGACAGCAGCUUUCCCGACAACUCGGAGAUCAUUGAAUUUCAGGUGACCCACACAGGUGAUAUGCCAUAUAAAUGCUUGGACUGUGGGAAGAGCUUCAAUUACAGUACCAGCCUGGUCAGGCAUCAGAGAAUCCACACAGGAGAGAAACCAUACAAGUGCUUAGACUGUGGGAAAUGUUUCUGCCAAAGCUCGGGUCUCACAAUUCAUCAGAGAAUCCAUGCAGGGGAGAAAGCUUAUCAGUGCUUGGACUGUGGGAAAAGUUUCCGGGUAAAGUCACACCUGAUCCGACACUCCAUAAUCCACAAAGGGGACAAACCAUACAAAUGCGCUGAGUGUGGAGUCAGCUUCUGUGAAAGGUCAGAGCUUAGAAUUCAUCAAAGAAUCCACACGGGAGAGAAGCCAUACAAUUGUGCUGACUGUGGGAAAAACUUUUGCCGGAAAGCAGAUCUUACCCUCCAUCAGAGAAUUCACACAGGAGAGAUGCCGUACACAUGCUUGGAGUGUGGGAAAGGCUUCCGCUGGAGCUCAAACCUGAUUACACAUCAGAAAACCCACACAGGGGUGAAGCCUUUUGAGUGUGCUGAGUGCGGGAAGAGCUAUUAUUCCAACAUGAGUCUUGUUAGACAUCAGCGAGUCCACACUGGUGGUACCCCAUAUAUAUGCUCUGACUGUGGGAAAAGCUUCUGUGAUAGCACCAGCCUUACCCGGCAUCAGAAGAUCCACACAGGAGAGAAGCCGUACAUCUGUAUGGACUGUGGGAAAAGCUUCAACCGGAACUCAAACCUCAUUUCUCAUCAGAGAACCCACACAGGCGCAAAGCCAUUCCUGUGUGUUGACUGUGGGAAAAACUUCAGCACCCGGUCAGACCUGAUUAGGCAUGAGAGGUCCCACACAAAGAAACCUUACAAAUGCCCAGAUUGUGGGAAAAGCUUCUGCCAGAGCUCACAGCUUAUAACUCACCAGAGCAUUCACACAGGAGAGAAACCUCAUCAAUGCCUUGAGUGUGGGAAAAUGUUCAGUAGGAGCUCGCACCUUAAUGGACAUCAGAGAAUUCAUUCCAGCGAGAAACUAUAUAAAUGUUCUGAUUGUGAAAAAACUUUUAGUGGGAGGUCCCAUCUCUAUAGGCACCAGAGAAUCCACACAGGAGAGAAGCUGUUUAAGUGUUCUGUGUGUGGGAAAUGCUUCUGUAUGAAUUCAGACCUCACUGCACAUGAAAGAAUUCACACAGGUCACAAACCCUACAAAUGUCCGGACUGUGGGAAAAGCUUUAGUCAGAAGCAGCAUCUGACAAGCCACCAGAGAACCCACACAGGAGAAAAGCCAUAUGUUUGUUCGCACUGUGGCAAAGGCUUCAGUGUGAGCUCCAACCUCAAUACACAUGAACGCACCCACACAGGUGUGAGGCCCUUCCAGUGUUCUGACUGUGGGAAAAGUUUUAGUCAGAAAUCACACCUCAUUGGCCACCAGAGAAUCCAUACAGGGGAAAGGCCGUAUUUGUGUGUGGACUGUGGGAAAAGUUUUGGUUCAAGUUCAAAUCUUAUGGCACACAUGAGAACCCACAAUGGGGAGAAACCAUAGGAGAGUUCCCAAUAAAAUUGGAAAGAAAAACUUAGUAAAAAGAACAACAUCAAUCUAAACUGUCCCUCCUCCAUUUACGUUUA